GUGCGUGCGCGAGGGUUGGCAUCAAUGACUGUAUCCCCAAACUACCAAACCCUAGCUUAUCUAGUGCUACCUGAGAAACCCCAAACUCAUAGCUGGGUCUCCGUGUUUGGGAGUUAAAUUCAGUUCCAAUUAGCGUGAGUAUUUCUCUGUUGAUCCUAGCUGGGAUCUGACACUAGCCCAAUCCCCUCCUGUCCUCCCGCAAUCCUCAACCCCUCUUGCCGCCGUCGCCGCCGCCGCCUCCUCCUUUCCUCUCCCUCGAUUCUCCUGGCGCCACCACCCUGUCCUUGCUCCGUCCCGUCCCCGCCCUCUUCCCCGUGCUGCUGGCGGUCGCGGAGGAGGAGCUGCAGCCGGGUCCGCACAGCUGCCUCCUCCUCGAGGACGGCCGGCUGGUCGAUGCGUCGCACCACUGCAUCCUCGCCUCCUCUGCCCUGCCUCUUCCUCCGCAGAGGAGCACGCCGCCUGGUGCAGCAUGUGUGCGGCAGUCGGGAGUCUGGGAGGCAGCACGUGCAUCCAAUACUGGUUGAUGCCAAGACGGAAGAGAAAGCAACUUCAGGGUUGCAACGCAAGUAAUGCUCCUUUCAUCCCUGGCUUAGUUCAGUGAGCAAUCGCCCAUGCAGAUAAUCUCCCAAUGCAUUACUACAGUUGAUUGAUAUUGCCAACAAGGGUGACAGGGGAGGAUGGGCCGAAAAUUAGAUCUUCAAAGAUCAUUAUAUCUUUAGGUCCACGGCACUGUCGUCCUCGUAUGGUGAAGAAAGCCACCCCAACCGCCAGCUCCUCGACCCUUCUGUUGUGACCACAUCCCACUGUUGUUGUCGGCCGUCGAUACCUACACCUGGAGAAUUUUGAUGUGAACAAUGACUCAUGCUGUCAGAAAAUACUGAUCGUUUGACAGCUUGUCUUUGACCACUGAAGGCUUCUAGCAACCUUGAAGCCCGCAGUCGACCUGCAGGCCACAUCUCUCUCAGAAUGUGUUGUUGGAGUAAGAGGAUUUAAGUUUCUCUUGCUAGCCACUUCUCACUAUGACCUAUGAAGAUGGAUUGGUGAUUCCUGCAAUUAGUUACUUCCUAUAUAGGUCAUAGUGGGCAAGUGAUUCCGGCAGUUUUAUGGGCAAGACCCGAGUAGGGUCUUGGUGAACGAGGUGGAGGUCUUGUUGGACUUAUACAAGAAUAUCACCGCCCUACUCAUCCAUGAGGGGCAUUAUGUUAUAGAAGAGGCAAUAUGCUUGGAAAUCAUAUUCACACUGGGUAUUCUUUUCUCGGCUGUGGGUAUAUUUUUCUCGGCUACGGGUGUACAUGUUAUUGCUUGUCAAAACACUUGCAAAUUAUGGCACACUUACUGGUGAGAUAGCCAUGCCUGAUGCCUAAAGUGGAAAAUUCUUGCAAGAUGUGCUAUAAGGCUAUUAAGGCUGAUGAUCUUCUUUUCUCCAUUGUCCAAUAUUGAAGCUUUUCUUGCCUAUCAGCAUACACCUCAUUCAGGUUCAUUUCCUAUAUACGAUGGCAAGAGCUUAAUAACUUUGUGAUACACGUUCAUUUAUUAACUAAAUCAUCAGGUUGCUCAGUAAUACUUUUAGGUACUCAUGUGGUGUUUAUGGCUGAUGAAAUACACUUUGUUUAAUAGGAUUGGAGACAUUUCUGAUACUUAGGUCAAAACACCGGACCUAUUCUUGGUUGUUUGUAAACUCAGUUAAGUAAUACAAGUUAGCAUUUUGUCUUAAUCGUUCUUGGAAAUAAAAAUGAAACCUUAUUGUUCGUUCUACACUACUAAUCUGUUUAGCCAUCCUUGAGAAAGGCUCGAUGGUUAGACAUGAAAACUUUAUUUUUCUCUUUUUGCUUCUCUGGUUUAUUUUUAAAUUUAAUCUGGGUUUGGCUGUUUGCAACCAGAAUGCUAACAUUCAGAUGUUAGAAUCUUGAAAAUUAGUAUGGUUGACGCAAUUGAAAAAAAAGUUUGUUUCAUACUCCCUCCGUUCCAAAAUAGCAAAGUUAGUACAAAGUUAAGUCAUCUAUUUUGGAACGGAGGGAGUAGCUUUGUGCAAAUGUUGUUAGAGGCAUUGUACCAGCAGAAAUUUAGAAGGGAGUCACAUUGCUGAAGAAGGUUGACAGGAAUGGAGCAUCACUGCUUAGCACGUCUACAGAAACAAUGGGGGCCUGUAUGUACAAAUGCACAUAUAGCUUAGCGGCACAAUGGGUGAAUCUAGUUAUAUAGAGACAGCGAGGAUCAUCAUCAGUGUAGACUCUGCCGGCCGGACUCAUCAUGGGUCGCCUCCAUUGCUUCCCCCUCCUCCAACUCCUCAUCAUGCAGUCGCAGAUGAUCGGCCUCUCAGCCAGUGGCUUCCCUGUCCCGCCAUUGGAGCAAGACGAUGGAGGCACGAGGUGGGCCGUCCUGAUCGCUGGGUCGAACGGCUACGACAACUAUCGUCACCAGGCAAACGUAUGCCACGCCUACCAGAUCCUCAAGACCGGCGGGUUGAAGGAGGAGAAUAUCGUCGUCUUCAUGUACGACGAUAUUGCGGGCAAUCCUGAGAAUCCCCGCCCGGGUGUCAUCAUCAAUCACCCGAAAGGCGGCGACGUGUACGCGGGAGUUCCCAAGGACUACACCGGCGAUGAUGUCAACGUGAAUAAUUUCGUCGCCGCGCUGCUCGGCGACAGGUCGAGACUCACCGGCACCGGAAGCGGGAAGGUUAUCCUCAGCGGGCCGAACGACCACGUUUUCGUCUACUACGCCGACCACGGCGGCCCAGGGAUCCUCGGGAUGCCAAACGGUGAGUUCCUGUACGCCAAACAACUGGUGCAAACUCUGGAGAAGAAGUACUCCGGCGGGGCGGGGUACAAAAGUCUGGUGAUCUACGUCGAGUCGUGCGAAGCUGGCACGAUAUUCGAUGGCCUCCUCCCGCGCGACAUUGCUGUGUACGCGACGACCGCCUCUAACUCGACGGAGUUCAGCUAUGCCGCCUAUUGCCCCGACGACGACGAGCCCUCUGAGUUCCACACUUGCCUCGGCGACCUGUACAGCGUGGCAUGGAUGGAAGACAGCGAGGCGCACAAUAUGCGCGUCGAAUCCCUCAAGGAGCAGUUGGAGCGAGUCCGGAAUCGCACGGGGACACACUCCCACGUCAUGGAGUACGGUGACCUGGACAUCAGCGCCCAGAAGGUCCACGCAUUCAUGGGCACGAACCCGGCCAACGACAACAUCACCGUCGCGGAUCUCCGGGUGCAGCCGUCGGCGGAGCGUGAGCUUCCGCGGGACACUAUGGCACGGCGGGCUGAGGAGGACAGGAGGUUCGACUUGAUCAGCAGCUUCCUGUUGGGCUCCGAGAAAGGCCAUGCGCUCACCGCAGGCCGGCUGGCCGGGCAGCCCCUGGUCGAUGACUGGCGCUGUCUCGAGACCAUGGUGAGCAGCUACGAGGAUCACUGCGGUCCGCUGUCGACCUACGGGCGCAAGUACCUCCGGGUGCUUGCCAGCGUCUGCAACGCUGGCAUCCCAGAGGAGGUCAUGGCGAAGGCGGCAUCUCAGCUGUGCUGGACUGUUUUCAGUGCCCAAGCUCGUGCUAAUAACUAGGGAGAACAGAGCACCACAUUUGCUUGUGCGCGCAAGACGUAGCAGCGCUGCUUUCUUAAUUAUGAAGGAAAAUAUUGUACAUUAGAAAACUACUACAAAGGCAACGCAAAGCAGGGCACAUUGACUGUACAUUGGCAAGACAGAGCAGAUUACUUGUAUCUUUUCAAGGCAAGGGAGAGCGAGUACAUUGUGACAGUUACGGGAGGUUACCCGUUGAUCCUUUUUUUAACAGAAGAAGGGUCCUGUUAGUGCAUUAUCACUAGGAAGGUUCUAUUUAAAGAGCACCAGAAGAAAGCUUUCGAGCUUAGGCAGAUGAAUCAGGUGCCAAAGAAUCCGGUCAUCUAGCACCUCCCCUGGCAUGGCGACACCCGCUUCACCUAGCGACCUCCCGUUGGAGGUGUUUUUACCUUAUGCAUUCUUGUGUGUUUUUUCUUAAGAGUGUAAAGAAGAACCUCUCCCUGGGAACUGAAGCUUUUUGGCUUGAACAACAAAGGAAAUCACGAGUUGGCUUUUGUGCUAGAUAUGACACGAAGAAAAUGGUAAAGUUUUUUGUACUCGUUAAACUGUUCAUAACUAUGAUCAAUAUAAAAUAGUUAGGCAUUUAAAAUUUGUGAUGCAUUAAUAUUCCAAUCACAUUUAUGGUCGAGAAAUUGUAUUUGAGGAAUUGUCGCUUGAU